ACUACAUAGUUAUUAACAGUUUGAUUGAAUAAUCAUUAUGGCCCGACAACUCAAUCCAGCACAUCAGAAAAUAUCUGAAAAAUUGAUCAUUUUAAACGACAGAGGUAAUGGAAUUUUAACCAGAAUUUAUAACAUAAAAAAAGCUUGCGGAGAUGCAAAAUCAAAGCCGGGAUUUCUUUCUGAUAAGUCUCUUGAAUCAUCAAUCAAGUUUAUUAUUAAGCGAUUUCCAAACAUUGAUACGAAAGGUCUUUCAGCUAUUACCAACAUAAGAGUUGAAAUUAUAAAGUCUUUAUCGCUUUAUUACUACACAUUUGUUGAUUUACUCGACUUCAAAGACAAUGUUUGUGAAAUGUUAACAACAAUGGAUGCACUACAAAUAUAUCUGGAUAUCAGUGUUAAUCAUGAAUUGACGAAGAAUUAUUUAGAGUUGGUGACAACUUAUGUAUCUUUAAUGAUUUUACUUUCACGGGUUGAAGACCGCAAAGCAGUAUUGGGAUUAUUUAAUGCAGCAUUUGAGAUGCAGAACAAUGGGAGUGAUCCAAAUUUCCCAAGAUUAGGACAACUUAUUGUUGAUUACGAUCAUCCAAUGCGAAAGCUUUCUGAUGAAUUCAUUCCACAUCAAAGGUUACUUUCAAGUGCAUUAAAAUCAUUGGUACAAGUUCAUCCAAUGCGAAGUGUCACAGCAGAGAAAUGGCGUGAAAUGCAAAUCUUGACACUUGUAGGGAAUCAAGCAACUCUUCUGAAACCAUCAAAAACUGAUACAAUGUCUUGCGAAUAUGUUUCACUUGAAGUAUUAGAUCGUUGGAUAAUCUUUGGUUUGAUGUUAAAUCAUCAAAUGCUUGGUCAAUCAUCUCAAAUUACAACCAUGUGGAUAUCAGCACUCGAAUCUUCAUGGGUCGUUGCCUUGUUCAGAGAUGAAGUUAUUUAUAUUCAUCAAUAUAUUCAGAAUGCUUUUGAAGGAUUAAAAGGAUAUAGCAAAAGAGUAUCAGAAGUUAAAGAUUGCUACAAUCAUGCUAUUCAAAAAGCAUCAUUAAUGCAUCGUGAACGUCGAAAAUUUCUAAGAACUGCUUUGAAGGAGUUGGCAUUAAUUCUAACUGAUCAACCAGGCUUACUCGGUCCAAAAGCUCUUUUUGUCUUGAAUGGGUUAUGCUAUGCUCGAGAUGAAAUAUUAUGGUUGCUCCGUCAUAAUGAUAAUCCACCAAUAAGCUCAAAAGCAAAAGGAAAGUCAACAGAAGAUCUUGUUGAUCGUCAACUCCCUGAGCUCUUAUUUCAUAUGGAAGAAUUACGAGGAUUGGUUCGAAAGUAUAGUCAAGUUAUACAACGAUAUUAUGUACAAUAUCUUUCUGGAUAUGAUGCUGUUGAGUUGAAUAUUAAAAUUCAAAACCUUCAAGUUUGUCCUGAAGACGAAAGUAUAAUAAUUUCUUCUCUUUAUCAAACAAUUUCAUCUUUGACAGUUAAACAAGUUGAAAUGGCAGAAACUUUUGAUUUUCGUGCUUUUCGUCUUGACUGGUUUCGUUUACAAAGCUAUAUGAGUGUUGCAAAAGCUGCUAUUAAAAUCACCGAUCAUGUUGAUUUAGCUCGUCUUUUUGACUCAAUGAUUUUCCACACACGAAUGAUUGAUAAUCUCGAUGAAACACUUGUCGAAACAUCUGACUUGUCGAUAUUUUGCUUUUAUAGUAAAAUGCUUGAAGAUCAAUUUCAUAUGUGUCUUGAGUUUCCAGCUCAAAAUCGUUACAUCAUUGCAUUUCCAUUAAUUUGCAGCCAUUUUCAAAACUGCACACAUGAAAUGUGUCCUGAAGAACGUCAUCAUAUACUUGAACGAUCUAUAUCAGUUGUUAAUAUGUUUCUUGAUGAAAUGGCGAAGGAGGCUAAAAAUAUUAUAACAACAAUUUGUGAUGAACAAUGUAUGAUGGCUGAUGCUUUAUUACCCAAACAUUGUGCAAAAAUAUUAUCAGUUUCAACGCAACGAAAGAAGAAAGAUAAAUUAAAGAAACAUUUAGAUGAUGUUCGAAGACCUGGGGAUGAAAGUUUUCGUAAAACACGGGAAGAGCUUACAACAAUGGAUAAAUUGCACAUGGCAUUAACUGAAUUGUGUUUUGCAAUUAAUUAUUGUCCAACAGUUAACGUUUGGGAGUACGCAUUUGCACCUCGUGAAUAUCUUUGUCAGCACUUAGAGACGAGAUUCUCACGAGCACUUGUUGGAAUGGUAAUGUAUAAUGCAGAAACCAUGGAAAUUGCCAAACCAUCGGAACUUCUUGCUUCAGUACGUGCAUAUAUGAAUGUGUUGCAAACUGUUGAGCAUUAUGUGAAUAUUGAUAUGACGAGAAUAUUCAACAAUUGUCUUUUACAACAAACACAAUCGAUUGAUAGUCAUGGAGAGAAGACAAUUGCGGCACAUUACAAUACUUGGUAUUCCGAUGUUUUAUUGAGAAAAGUGAGUGGAGGAAAUAUUGUUUUCAGUAUGAAUCAACGAGCCUUUGUAUCUAUAACACCUGAAGGGUGCAUUCCAUUUAAUCCUGAAGAAUUUUCAGAUUUUAAUGAGCUUCGUUCAUUGGCUGAAUUAAUUGGACCAUACGGUAUAAAGUUGAUUAAUGAACAACUUAUGUGGCAUAUUGCAAAUCAAGUACAAGAAUUAAAACGAAUGGUUGGAAUGAAUAAGGAGACUUUAAUCAUUUUACGAAGUAAUUUCGAUAAACCGGAAAUUAUGAAAGAACAUUUUAAAAAACUUCAAUAUGUUGACAAUGUUCUUCAAAGAAUGACAAUUAUUGGCGUCAUCUUAAGCUUUCGUCAACUUUUACAAGAAGCUCUUUUAGAUGUUCUUGAACAGAGAAUUCCUUUUCUCGUAACUUCAAUGAGAGAUUUCCAAAAUCAUGUUCCAGGUGGCGAUCCUUUGAAAAUUGUAUCAGAAAUGGCAUCGGCUGCAGGGCUAGCAUGCAAAGUUGAUCCGACAUUAUUGAAUGCAUUACGUGCGCAAAAACCAGAAAUUGAUGACAGCGAACAUUUAAGUGUAUUACUUUUGAUGGUUUUUGUUGCUGUUUCUAUUCCAAAACUAGCCAAAAAUGAGCAAUCAUUCUAUCGUGCCACAUACGAAGCUCAUAUAAACAACACACAUUGUCUUGCUUUAGCAGUUAAUAAUAUUUUUGGUGCGCUCUUUACAAUUUGCGGACAAAAUGAUAUCGAAGAUCGUAUGGCAGAAUUUUUAGCAUUAGCAAGCUCGUCAUUGUUACGUCUUGGACAAGAAACUGAGAAGGAGAAUAUUAAAAACCGAGAAUCAAUUUAUUUGUUGCUCCAUCAGAUUGUACAAGAAUCACCGUUUCUUACUAUGGAUCUCCUUGAAUCUUGCUUCCCAUAUGCAUUAAUUCGUAAUGCGUUUCAUGCUGUUUAUAAACAAGAGCAGACUGGAAUAUAGGUGAGGAGCAUAUGAAAUU